AUGGCCAUGCGUUUGGAGGAGGUUAUUUGCCAGUUGCUUUGGCAAAACACCCAAAUCGAACCGAGCUGUUCUAUCGAAAAGCUGAUGACUUGUUUGCGCAACGUGUAUCGCGAUCUGCAACCUCGACCUCCGUCUUACGAGGCGGUGCGUGCUGCCUUGUCGGCAUUGGUGACUGCAGGGGCGGUGUAUUUCAGUGGUCAAGGUUACAGUCUGCUUACAGCUGAAAAAUUGGCCGUGGCCAAGUGGUUGGAGAAUGUCCCCGAGGUCGUUUCACUGUCCGAACAGGAGGAACAGGAGAAGGAGGAAGAGGAGGAGGAGGAACGAGAUGACCAAGCCGGUGAUUCGACUGUUGAACCGAAAAAAGCCCCAUUGGCUCAGAUUGAACCUUGUAGUGAACCCUAUGGAGUCUGUCAUACAGAUUCCUCGCCCACGUGCAACCCGUAUGCCAGUUCCAAUGUAUUGAAUCUGCGUUCAGACCCAAUCAUGGGGUAUAAUGGUUAUCUGGAAUCACCGACCAUGCAGCUGUCCAAUCCGGCGGUCCUGUCCAGUAUGCCCAGUUUAGAAUUUCCCAGCUCACUCGAACUACAAGCUCGACGAAAUCGACCAACUCGGGACAAAUCGGAAACAUGGAAUCCAACCUUGCAUGUCUCUCCACCGGUCCGCCAUCGGGAUGCGAGUAUUCCGGCUGGUGGUCUAUCUCAACCCACUAUAUCCGCACCGAUGCAAACCGAACGACAUCGGUCGUUCCCAAUGCACAACCUGAGUCAGCCCUCUCGACCUGUAAACUAUGUGAAAGCGGAUUGGUCUUCUUCAAAUCCGGUGGUCAGUGGUGCGACAUAUCCGACCAAAGAUCCACUGCCCUCUUCCAAAUCGAAAGGCAUGUUUUUGUUAUGCUUCUUCGCAAGUUAUCUUAUUAUCAUUCUAGGCUCAAAGUGCUGA